GGCCAGAACCCACUUCCUACUUCACUGCAGGCUGCAGGGGGCUGGGCCUCCCCUGGCCUCCCGCCCCUCCACUCUCCUGUCAGGAAAGUCAGGGCAACCUGGCCUGGUGUUUCCAGCUGGCAGGAUGGAGGACGAAGAAGGCCCCGAGUAUGGCAAACCAGACUUUGUGCUUUUGGACCAAGUGACCAUGGAGGACUUCAUGAGGAACCUGCAGCUCAGGUUCGAGAAGAACCGCAUCUACACCUACAUUGGCGAGGUGCUGGUGUCUGUGAACCCCUACCAGGAGCUACCUCUGUAUGGGCCCGAGGCCAUCGCCAGGUACCAGGGCCAUGAACUCUACGAGCGGCCACCCCACCUCUAUGCUGUGGCCAACGCUGCCUACAAGGCGAUGAAGCGCCGGUCCCAGGACACCUGCAUCGUCAUCUCAGGGGAGAGCGGGGCUGGGAAGACAGAGGCUAGCAAGCACAUCAUGCAGUACAUCGCUGCUGUCACCAACCCCAGCCAGCGAGCCGAGGUGGAGAGGGUCAAGGAUGUGCUGCUCAAGUCCACCUGCGUGCUGGAGGCCUUUGGCAAUGCCCGCACCAACCGCAACCACAACUCCAGCCGCUUUGGCAAGUACAUGGACAUCAACUUCAACUUCAAAGGGGACCCCAUCGGGGGACACAUCCACAGUUACCUGCUGGAGAAGUCUCGGGUCCUCAAGCAGCAUGUGGGUGAAAGGAACUUCCACAUUUUCUACCAGUUGUUGAGGGGCAGUGAGGACAAGGAGCUGCAAGAACUGCACUUGGAGAGAAAUCCUGCUCUGUACAAUUUCACGCGGCAGGGAGCUGGGCUCAGCAGGAGUGUGCACGCCUCGGAUAGUGAUGAGAAGAGCUAUCAGGUGGUGAUGGCAGCCAUGAGGGUCAUCGGCUUCAGUCCCGAGGAGAUGGGUUCCUUACAUCGCAUCCUGGCUGCUAUAUUGCACCUGGGAAACAUCGAGUUCAUGGAGACAGAGGGAAAUGGGCUGCAGGACGGGGGUCUGGCAGUGGCUGACAAAGCACUGGUGGACCACGUGGCUCAGCUGACAGCCACACCACGGGACCUCGUGCUCCGCUCCCUGCUGGCCCGCACAGUGGCCUCUGGAGGCAGGGAACUCAUAGAGAAGGGCCACACUGUAGCUGAGGCCAGCUAUGCCCGGGAUGCCUGUGCAAAGGCGGUGUACCAGCGGCUCUUUGAGUGGGUGGUGGACAGGAUCAACAACAUCAUGGAAGCCCGGGGCCGGGACCCUCGGCGUGAUGGCAAGGACACAGUCAUUGGUGUGCUGGACAUCUACGGCUUCGAGGUUUUCCCUGUCAACAGUUUCGAGCAGUUCUGUAUCAACUACUGCAAUGAGAAGCUGCAGCAGCUCUUCAUCCGGCUUGUCCUGAAGCAGGAGCAGGAGGAGUAUGCACGCGAGGGCAUCACCUGGCAGAGCGUGGAGUACUUCAACAACGCUGCCAUCGUGGACCUGGUGGAGCGGCCCCAUCGCGGCAUCCUGGCGGUGCUGGAUGAGGCCUGCAGUACCGCGGGCACCAUCACCGACCGCAUCUUCCUGCAGACCCUGGACACGCACCACCGCCACCACCCACACUACACCAGUCGCCAGCUGUGUCCCACAGACAAGACCAUGGAGUUUGGCCGAGACUUCCGGAUCAAGCACUAUGCAGGAGAUGUCACGUACUCUGUGGAGGGCUUCAUUGACAAGAACCGAGACUCCCUCUUCCAGGACUUCAAGCGACUGCUGUACAACAGCACGGACCCCACGCUGCGGGCCAUGUGGCCCGAUGGGCAGCAGGACAUCACGGAGGUGACCAAGCGCCCCCUGACGGCCGGCACACUCUUCAAGAACUCCAUGGUGGCCCUGGUAGAGAACCUGGCCUCUAAGGAGCCCUUCUAUGUCCGCUGCAUCAAGCCCAAUGAGGACAAGGUGGCCGGGAGGCUGGAUGAGGACCACUGUCGCCAUCAGGUGGCCUACCUGGGCUUGCUGGAGAACGUGAGGGUCCGCAGGGCCGGCUUCGCUUUCCGCCAGCCCUACCCGCGAUUUCUGCUCAGGUACUGGCACCCAGCACUGUGGCUCCGCAUCACAAAGUGUGUGUGGAGCCUGGGGUAGGAAUGGAGGGUCCCUGCCAGCCCUUCACAGAUGCCCAUGCAAAGAGAAGCUGCACGCCACUGGCCUCGAGACUGAAAUGUCUGGGAGGACACACGUGUGCUGCA